CACCCUGUCGGAAACACCCUCUCCCCAAAAGUAGGUGCCCCUCCAGAGGCACCCUCUCCCAAAGUAGACGCCCUCCAAGAGCACCUGUUGGCGACAUCUUCCUUGAUAGGCACCCCUUGGCCCUCACUGUUGGCACCCUCCUCCUUUGGUAGACGCCCUUGGUCCCUU